UGGAUGAUCAAGGUGCAGAAGAUAUGGCUUACUGAGAGGAUACCUGACUUUCUGGAGGCUCAGAAAAAAGACAUGACUUCUGUAUUCUUCCCGCUGGUCUAUGAAGCUUGGUUCAAUGAGUUUCCCAAUGAUGAGCUGACAGUGGCCAAUAUGGAGACUGCGGAGGGAUCUGUUGAUAUUGCCAGGUCCAAUAAACUGAACAAGCAAAAAGAUCAUGUGUAUUGGUGGUUUCACAACCAUACGUGGGCUACAUCAUCCGCGUCAGGCUCCAAGAAAGUUCUAAACCUAAUGAAGGAAAAGCAGAAGCUCACGCCAUAUCAAGCCUACUAUAAGCUC